AUGAACAUCCCGACGAAAAACCCCAAAGGAUUGAAUAAGGGGAGUGGAACGAAUGGAUAUGUCACUCGCAAUCUGUCUUUCAUUCGCAAACACAAAGACAGAGUUGACUACAAGUCGGAAGAGGAGAUCCGCAAACUGGAGAACUCCUUGAUCAAGACGCCAAACAAGGACAUUCUUGACCAUGAACGCAAGAGAAAGAUUGAAUUAAAGUGUAUGGAAAUGCAGGAGCUAAUGGAAGAGCAAGGCUAUGCAGAUGAUGUCAUCGAAAAGAAAGUAGCUGCAUUUAGAAAAGUCUUGCUUGAAAAGGAAGGCAUGUGCGACCGUGUUGUUGAGAAAGAUGAAUUUGGCCGUCCUAUAGCACGUGAGACUCACCAGCUUGCUGAAGCCAACCAAGAGAAGAAUGCCCGUCUUCGGGAUGCAUUUGGUCUCAGUAAAGAUUAUGUUGAUGGCAGCUCUUUUGAUCCAGCUCGAAAGGCGAAGGAGCAAGCUGCAAAAGCCGAGGCUCUUGCUCAGAAAAAAUAUGCCCUUGUGGAGGAACCAGCAUCAUCGAGUGUGAGUUCCAACUCCUCAGAUUCCUCGUCUGAGUCCCCAUCCCCUCCGAAGCAACGCAAGCACCAUCAUCACCAUCAUGAGCGUAGUGGGAAAAGCAGGAGUAAAAAGCACCACAGCAGCAGAAGUAGCAGCAAGAAGCACAAAAGUAAAAAAUCUCGAGACCGAAGUCGCUCUCCAGCAGAAAAAAGUGAGCGUAAAAAGAAGAAAAAGCAUAAAAAAUCAUCUUAA